GUGGUUUUAUUUUGGGUGUGAAUGGAAUGACGUGUCAGCUCAAUUCUUCGAGACGGAUUUGAAAGGAAGCUGAACUCUGUUGUAAUUGAGCCACAGGCUUUCUCCCGCCAGAGAUCAAGAUGCCGAAAUGGAGUUUGAUGGGUUUGAUUCUUUUCGGGCUGAUGUUCAACGUUGCUGAUUUUAUGCGCUUCGAUCUUAUAUCUGGCUCCACCAAAUGCAUUUCUGAUGAUAUCAAGACCAAUUCCAUGACCGUCGGUAAAUAUUCGGUGGUUAAUCUCAACGAAGGUGUUCCCAUUCCCGAUUCUCACAUGCUCACUGUCAGGGUGAGUUCGCCUCGUGGAAACACGUAUCAUAAUGCAGAUCAUGUGGAUUCUGGACAAUUUGCGUUCACGGCGGUUGAGUCUGGUGAUUAUAUUACUUGCUUUUGGGCUCCGGAACAAAAGCCCCCAGGUGCAGUUACGGUUGAAUUUGAAUGGAGGUCGGGAGUUUCUUCUAAGGAUUGGUCCAAGGUUGCCAAGAGAGGGCAGAUUGAAGUAAUGGAAGUUGAGUUGAAGAAGUUGUACGACACUGUCAUCUCCAUACAUGAUGAGAUGUUUUAUCUCCGCGAAAGGGAGGAGGAAAUGCAGAAACUGAAUAGAGCUACAAACGCAAAGAUGGCCACCUUCAGUUUCCUAUCACUUGGAGUUUGCUUGUCUGUUGCUGGUUUGCAGUUAUGGCAUCUCAAGACAUUCUUUGAGCGCAAGAAGUUGCUCUGAUUUUUUUUUUUUCUUUGUGUAGUCCUCUUUUUUAAAUAAAAAUUUAGCUAUUAGAUGCUACAGUUUAUGUUGGACUUGAAUUUGCAGAGAAAUUGAGAGUUCUGAAGAACACUCAGCUGCUGAAAACAAGCUAGGUGAAACACUAAUUUUAAGAACUCUCUCUCUCUCUCUCUCAAGAAGACACACUCUCUCCCUCCCUCGACCAAGAUCGACUUGAGGAAAGGAAAGG